UGCAUUAGGUAUUUUUGCCAUACCUCCAUUGUAAGGCUCUGUUGGCUGUAGCAAACGGCAAAUAACGCAGAUUGCCGUCACACGGUCUUCGUUCAAGACGAUUUAUUUUGUAAGGUAAACUUACUGGUUAUUUUGGUCACAAUGGAAGAGACCACAGACCCAUCAGCACCACCGCCUGAUUACGAGGCAAGUCAACAGCAGCAACAAGCAGGGGUAGUGCAGGAACCUAUGUCUGGCCCCGAGACUGAAAUGCAGCCACCACCAUACUUAGAGGAAUGGAAGCAACAGCCCAUCCCACAACCGGGACCUGUGUAUGGGGCAGGAUGGCCGCAGCAACCGAUACCACAACCCGCACCAGGCCCGGCCGGGACAGGAUGGCAGCAGCCGGCGCCGGUGAUGCAACAGCCCCAGUCGGCGUUUGUCACACUGUCACCCGGGACCUUCACGGCCUUGCCGACCGCCAUGCAGUGCCCCCAUUGUGGCAACUCCAUCACCACGAAGACGGAAAAGCAAGUCGGUUCGGGGGUCUGGGCUACAGCCGCUAUUAUGUGCUUUAUUGGAUUCUUCUUCCUUGUGUGCUGCAUCGGUCUGAUCCCGUUUUGCAUACCUUCGCUGAUGGACACGGUUCACUCUUGUCCUGUCUGUAAAAAAGUGCUUGGAACACACAGAUUGAUGUGAUUGGUUAUGGAAGUGGCGAAAUUUUGACCAACAGAUUUUUAAAAAAAUGAAAACAUGUAGGCCUAAUUGAUAAUAAUAAGGAGCUGCUUAGAAUUACUGAACCCAUCAAUGGUUGUUCAAUGGCAAUCAUUAUUUUUACACAUACCAAAACCUUUUUCUAAUCCUGAAAAGCAAACUAAUAGUUCAUUUUAAAGGAAGUAAUCCCGUGUCACGUGAAUUGCUGGCAGGAUCAGAGUUUUUAGAACUGCCCUUUACUGUUCACAUUCUAGUGCUGUGGUUCCACAACAAAAGUCGUACCAAAAAGUCAGUGUUCAGUUCCAUGUAAUAACCCAUUCUGUUUCAAAGAAGUAUGUAAUAACGAAUACCUGCUCCAAGAAUCAAAGGGGCCCUCGUUUAUUGAAAUAACGUCGUCUCACGGCCCUUCACGUGAGUUCAAUGGCCAGUACUCAUGGGUCGCACCACGAAGUGACGUGUUACGAGUUUUGGUGCACCACAAAGUGACGUAUACGAGUUUUGGUGCACUACAAAGUGACGUAUACGAGUUUUGGUGCACCACGAAGUGACGUAUACCGUCUAACGACUGUGUACACACGAUACGACAGUAAUUCGUCGUACAACCGACUAUUUUGUUUUAGAUUUGAUUUCUUUCAAAGGGAUAAAACAUUAUGAAAUUCUGCAACAGGCCAAACGUUCACUGUAUGUGCAUUGUUUCGUCGAGUCGGAAUGUAACGAAUUUGAUGGGAAUACUUUUAAAAGUUUUAUAUGUGAAUACCAAAGAUUUAUACCAAAAUAUAUAUGUGUAGACAUUUACGUUUAACAAUCGAUAUUUUAUAAAAUGUUUAAUUAAUUAGGCUAUAUGGUGGUGUUUUUCUUCCAUAACUGAUUGACACAGUAGGUGUAAAAUAUUAUUAUUGUAAAAAAUUGUAAAAUAUUUCAAAUUAGAAACUACAGGUAUUGAAAUGUAACUUGUUUUAAUGUUCAAUCUUUGAGGGAUUUCAAACAAUUUCCCCAAUCUGAGGCGAUUUUAUAAUUCAAAGAGCCAAUCACAAUAAAUAAAGAAACUUAAUGACAGUUCAGAAUUCUUUCGAGAAAUGUCUCAAAUGCUGAGUGAAUGAAUGCCAUCGUUGACAUCAAUCGCAAAAGAAACUAAACCAACAACUGAUUACGGCCGUUUCACAAUAAUGCGCCACCAAGAGUUUGCAACGCGUUAGCCAAUCA